AGGGCCGCCACUCCCACGGCCUUGGGCGAGCCCUGCUGCAGCUGGCCUUUGCGACGGACGCCCACGGCAGCGGUGUUGCGGCGGCGCAGAAGGCGCUUGAGGUCUUCAAGUUCUGCGGAGACCUGCGAUGGCAGGCGUACACCUUGCAGAGAAUGGCCUUGUUGUAUUGGAAGGAGGACGAUCCGGAGAACGCGGUGAAGAAAGCGGAGGCAUCCAUGAGCAUCUUGGAGAAUCAAGGCCCUCUGAAGCUGGAAUGUGAGGCCCAGCUGUCAGAGCUGCUGUGUGCCGCACACCUGCGACUGGGAGCACCGGAGGUGGCCUUGAGACCAGCCCGAAGCUGCCUCGGUCGUGCCCGAAGCCUGAAUGACAGGAGAAUUGAAGCUCAUAUGAUGCUGGCUGCCAUUGGAGCCACUAAGGCACUUUCAGGCACAGAGGGUGUCAUGAAGACAGCACAGAUGUGCAAAGAAAUCUUUGAAGAGCUGGGUGACAGGAGGAUGGAAGCAGCUGCGCUGUGUGCGCUGUCUAUGCUGUACCUGCAAGGAGACCAGCUCAAAGAGGCGUUGGCUGCGGCGCAAGAGGCCGCAGAUUUUUGGUCCAUAGCGACACCAAAAAAAUCGUGGUUCCAGGAUUCCAGGAUGCUAUAGCUGCUGUGUUCCUUGAAAUUUCCAGGUUUA